AUGAAGAAGGGGGGCUCCACUGACAAGCGCUACUUACGGAGGGCAUUCAACAGGUCCUACUAUUACAAGAAGGGGGAAAAGGCUGAGGAGGUGAGCAGUGGGAGUAAAAGAGUUAACGGAAUCGCGGAGAGCAGCGCGAGUGGGAGCACCAGCGAGAGGAACAACCCUAACACCGGUACAAACGCGAGUGGCAAAGGCGCCCCAAACGGCGCGAGUGCGAACGGAAAGGGCGCCGCCGCGGGCAGCAAGGGGAAAGACGUGGAUGUGCAGAGUGAAGAAGACCCAUGGGACAGGGAGCGUGAAGGAGCAGAUUUGGAUGACGAGCAGUUAUUUUACGCCGUGGAAGGAGAAGCGAAAAAUAGAAAAGUCGCAAAGAUGACACUGAACGCGAAGGAGAAGGAGUUGCUCCCCAAGAACGAAGAAGAAUGUACCAAUGGGAGCAGCGCGAAUGGAAAGGUGUUGGACGAGACGGAUAGAAAUUUUUUCCCCUGCGAUUGUGGUUAUCAGAUAUGUCUUUGGUGCUUGUACUACAUACGAGACCACAUGUGCAACAAGUGCCCUGCUUGUAGGAGAAGUUACGACGAAAAAAAUUUCAUAUAUAAUAGGGAGACCCACGAAAAAUUGGUGAAAAAGCAAAAAAAUAAUCACAAGGGAAGUAAAACAGAUGCAAAUAACACCAGUAAUAAUAACUCCACGAGUGCUCCCAACGGAGUUAUCGCCUCUUCCGGGACGGGAGCAACUACCGGAGUUAGCAAUUGUACAAGUCCUACCAACAACACUUUUCUUCACCAUUACAGUGGAACGAGCAGUGCCAUUUUUAACAGACCGGAACUGUACAAAAAUGCAAACACAUAUAAUAUACACGAGCAUGAAAAUUUAUUCGAAAUUAUAAAAGGAAUUAGAGUCGUUCAACGCAACCUCGUCUUUGUCAUUGGUAUAACAUCCAACUAUGCCAAAAAAAAUGUAUUAAAAAAAAACGAAUAUUUUGGAAAAUACGGACAAAUUCUUAACAUUAUUGUGAAUAAAUCCCAGGCUUACAAUCCUCAUUACAAUGGCCCGUCAUUUAGUGCAUACAUAACGUAUAGUAACGAGAAGGAGGCUAUUAAUGCUAUUUAUUUUAUUGAUGGUAUGGUCCUGGAUAGCAAAACGCUGAAGGCAUCGUUUGGGACCACCAAGUACUGUGCUUCAUAUCUGAAGAACAGCACCUGUACCAAUGAGGACUGCUUCUACUUACACGAAUUGGGCAACGUCAUAGAUAGCUUUUCCAAAGAUGAUAUACAUGGCCCAAAACACAUUUAUCAUGACUUGUUAUAUUUUUAUUUUAAAAAACACCCAGACAAGAAAAACGAGCAGAGUAAUAACUCUCAUGAGUGUUCCGGUACUGUGGUGGUAAAGUCGGCUAGAAAAUCGGAUGAUGCAACUAUAGGGGGAGUGGCAGCAUCCGGAGGAGGCACUAGCACAAGUGGUCCCUCCGCGAUGCCUUCCUUUGCUGCGGCCAUGUCCAUCACAAAUGAGAAGGACUUAGCCGACGCGAAGAGAAAGAGCGACACGCUGGAUGAGGCCACUCACUCGAAGAAGCAGCACUCGUCAGCGACGUCGGUGCUCUCCGAUGGGAAGGCAAAAGGGUUGGAGGUAGCCGGCAAAGGGGUAGAAAGGUGGGCGGACAGAGGAGCGGACAAAGCAGCGGACAGAGGAGCGGACAAAGCAGCGGAGGAGGCGAAGAGAGACACCAAGCUGAAGGAUGGCUUGGCCAGCAAGGGGUCCAAGGAUAACCACCACGCCGGUGAGGAGAAAAGCAAGUGGAGCUCCGAAGGCAAUUUCGCCAGUCUGAUAAAGAAUGCUGGCGUGGCGACCACCUCCUUGCAGGAGGUGGAAGAAGAAAAAAACAACGCACAGACCAAGAGCAAGAAGAAGAAGAAAAAGCAAAAGAGCGAGGAGAUGAUCCCGCCCACCGAUCGGGGCAAGGAAGACCACGGUGCGAGUGCAAGUGCGAGUGUAAAUGCGAGUGUAAAUGCGAGUGUAGGUGCGAGUGCGAGUGCGAGUGCCGCGCAGAAGGAGAAGAACUAUAGGGACUCCCUCCAAAGUAACGGCGCAUCCAAGAAUGACAACACCAGUAAAAACAACAGCCUCGAUGUGGAGGAGGACCCCUACUACGUCGACGGCAUGUCGGAGAACUACCCGCUCAUAACGGAUGUCCAUUUCGACAAAGAUAAGAAAAAGAAGAUGAAAAAGAAGGCAGAAAAGAAGAAGGCCAACGAGAGGAAGAAGGCGGAGGAGGUCAAGAUGCGCGAAGCGAAGGAGGGAGAAGCGAAGGUGGGCGAAGCGAAGGUGGGAGAAGCGAAGGUGGGCGAAGCGAAAGUGGGCGAAGCGAAAGUGGGCGAAGAGAAGUUGGGAAAGGCCAAGCCGGGAGAGUCCAAACUGGGAGAGUCCAAACUGGGAGAGGCCAAACUGGGAGAGGCCAAACUGGGAGAGGCCAAACUGGGAGAGGCCAAAACCGGUGCAGUCAAAACCGGUGCAGUCAAAACCGGUGCAGCCAAAACCGGUGCAGCCAAAACGGGAAAGGCCCCCACGGAAGAACCCCCUGCGGAAGAGCGCAAGCUUGAUGGCAAGGGCGGACAAUCAGCUUCGGACGCUGUGCAGAAGGAGCAGCCCUCUCAGAAGGACUUCCCCCCUCUGAGGGAGGACGACAAGGAUGCUAAGAAACAAAAGAAGAAGCACCCCAACGGCGGUAGCAGUGCCGUCAACGUGAGCAUCAGUGGAAGCAUCAAUGGCAGCGCCAGUGGCAGCGUGGAGAAUAAGCCAGCUCAUGUGGAAGACCAGCCGGCAGACGGUCCCAAGGAGAAGAAGCAAACCGGCGAGCAGGUACAGGAGGAGAAAAAAAGCAAGUAUGCCAAAAUGACAUUCAAAAUUGGAAGCUUCUUUAAUGAUCUCUUUGAUGGAAGUAGAAAAGGGGGUGGUGGUGACGAGGCAAAGGCGAAGGCAUCUCCCAGUGUGAGUCAGAAGGCAAACAAGAAAGCGCCUGCCACUGUUGUUACUCCCUCUGUGGUGGUAGCAGCGGAGGAUGUACAGGUGGGAAGCGCCGCCCAGUCGAAAGAAGAACCCAGCGCGGAAGGGGCAAUGUCUUCAAAGCAAAAGAAGGUGAAAGGUUACGAAGCGGAACAGGAAGAAACAAACAUGAAAGAGGAUAAAAUGAGAGAGAAGGGAGAGAGGAGGAAGAAUGAGCAAUCCUCUCAAAAGAAGGACAUGGAAAAGGUGAAAGCUGAUGUAGGAGUUGGUGCAAAGGAGAAGAAGGAAGUAGUGGAAGAGGGGGCCAAGAAGGACAGGGGUGGUGGAUCUAUCAACCAAGCUGAUAAGGAGGACACACCUAUUGGAGAAGGCAAAAUUGUACGUGACUCACUCGGAGAUGACGUCGCAGCGACUGCUAUUGCUACUCCAUGUGACACGGUGAACCCUCCUCGCACACGAGAAAAGCGAGACAAAAAAGGCGCACAAGAUAGUAAUAUUAGUCAGGAAGAACAGAUGAAGAAGCACGCCCAGGAAGUAUUAAAUAUUCAAAAAAACAACCCAGAUGUGCCCCUCCAAGCAAUAAUUGAAGAUUUUAUCGGAAGGAGAACAGUCGCCACGAAGGAGGUUCUCCAUUUUGAUGACCUCAACAGUGCGAUAAAUAGCCUUAUCGUUGAGAAUGCAGCGAAAGGGGAAAGGAGUAACAACCAACAUACAGGCGAUAGUACUGCCCACGCUUGCAAUGUGAAUACGAAGGAGCAUCUGCGUAACGGAGAGGGAGAUGAAAAGAAGGGUGACUCUGCACAAAUGAAAGAGGCAGAAAAAGUAGGGGCUGUGAAGCGAGAGGGGGAAGGACAAGCAGUCGAAAAGACACAGAAGGGGAUGGACUCGAAGAACCAUGUACCAUGUGCGAAAGAGAAAAAGAAAAAGGAUACCCUGAACAAGAGGAAGCUGCAGCAGAAAGAUAUGGAAGGAGAUGUUACGAGCAUUAUUAGAGAAAUGAUGAUGCAGAGGAUGACGUCGAAAAGUAGGAGAAACAAAAAUGGAUCUGUUCGCGAAACGAGUGGGAAGAGCGAGAUGGGGCAAGCGGAUGCGCGCAUCAGUUCAGGGGAAGACCCCACAGAGAAAAAUGCCCUUUUCGACGACAUGGAAAUAUUUUUAAAAAAUCUGUGUGCGGCUAAGGGGAAGGCAAUUCAAAGCAGCGUUGGAAGCAACCACCAAAGCAGCGUUGGAAGCAACCACCAAAGCAGCGUUGGAAGCAACCACCAAAGCAACCCUCAAAGAAACCACCAAAGCAACCACCAAAGCAACUACCAAAGCAACCACCAAAGCAACCACCAAAGCAACCACCAAAGCACCCCUCAAAGCAGUUACGCAGAUAGCGACGCCGUCUAUUUGAUAGAAGGAAACGGGAGGCCCAAAAAUGACUACCUCAUGUACACAGGUGACGAGCACAUUUCCCUCAAAUCACACAAAGGUGUUAUGGAAUUUAUCAUUAAAAAGGAGAAAAACGUAGACGUAAAAAAAAAAAUUAUCUCCACGAAGAUCCAUUUGAUAUUUAUAAAGAAUUAA